AUGUACACUCUCAAUUCAACUUCCCUGCGCCACGGUCCAAAGCAGUCACAACAACAACAACAACAACAAAAAGUACAAAAAGUACAAAAAAAACAAGAAGAGCCAUUGCCUCCGUAUCCUGGUUUCCCCAUUGUAGACCCUGCCGGGACGGUACUCUUGGCUCAGACCCCGACGCCUAUUGGAAUGACUGCACACAUGGCCCCCAGGAUCCCAGACGCCGGCGUGCCACUCACAGAGCCGCUGAGAAUAAAUCAACAGCAAGAGGGGCAGCUGAAGAUGUCACUGCAACAACAACGGAUGCAGGAGGAACUUAUUCUGCAAAAGCAGAAGGUACAGCAAGAGUUGGAAAAACAACAGCUGAAGAUACAGCAACUGCUGCAGAAAAGCCAGAUGCAGGGUGGGGUAUUCAUGGCGCAGUCUCAGCACUCAAAUACGCGAGAGGAUUCGCAUCAAUUAGCUCAACCACAACAACAAAUUCAGCAACAAGGCAUUCAACAACAACAACAGCGUCAGGGCGGACCCCACUUAGUUCAACAGGGAAAUGAACGGGAGCUAUUACAGCAGUUGGCCCAACAGCAACAACAACAACAACAACAACAACAGCAACAGCAGCGUCAG